AUGGCGGCGUCCGGCUCCCCGGGGCCAACUCCGAGUCCCGGCCCGGGGAGGACGCCCGCGGAGCCCGCCGCCGCCGGCCCCUCGCGGCGGGAGCUGAGGAAUGGAAGUUACCUCAGUACGGUCCCGACUGCUAGGCUGUGGGCAGCGGACAGAGCUGGCGGUCCCGGGCGGCCGAGCAGAUCCGGCGCGGCGCGGCGCGGCGGCGGCUACCGCAGUGCCCUCCGCCCCAUUGUUUCCCUUCCAAGAGGAUCCCGGCGAAGCCGAGCCCGGGAACCAGGAAGUUCCCCGGCGCGACACCUCCUGCCGCCGCUAUGGAAACGGCCCCCGCCUCCCAGGGCGGCUCGCCCGGGACCCCGCCUCCGCGCCUCCGGCCCCGCCCGCCUCACCGGCUGCCGCCAACCGUCACCGCAGCGGCCGCGGCCGCCGCCAUAUUGGCGCGCCCCGGGCGGCCCCUUCCCGGCGGCACGUGCGCUCCGCUCCCGCACUCCCGCCGUGCGCGCUCCCGCCCGCCUCGGGGACGCGCGCCCAGGGCUGCAGGUGUCCGGAGCCCCUCGGCGGGAAGCGGGCGCUGGAAGUCCAGGACCCAAAGCAGGGCUUUGGGGCACGCAAACGAGCGACAUUGGCGUGUCCAGCCGGCAAGUCAGAGGAUAGCAGAGACGUAGGGAGGUCAGCUGAGUAGGGGGCGAGAGGAUGGUCUCCGGAGCCAGCCUGGCUUUUUUUUUUUUUUUCAUUUCUGCCUCAACUACUUACCAGGUGUCAGCCCUUGGACACGUUUCCCUGUGCCUCAGUUUCUUCAUCUGUAAAGUGGAAUGAUAAUAGGACCUCCCUCAUGGGGCUGUCCUGGAACAAGCGAGUGCUAGGUAGUAAGUGCAAAGCAAUCAUCUGCUCAAUAAAAUGCCAUUGCUACUGACAUAGGUGACACUGCUGUCAUUUUUCAGGAACUUAGGCUAAGCGUUCACAUCAGCACUACUUUAAGUAGGCUACUGUGUAGAUCCCAUUGCUGCUUCAAGCUUCUCAAAUGUUCAUCACUGUCCCAUC